CGGAGAGAGGGGGGUGGCAGACGCUUUAAAGACCGCUCGCCGGUCAUCUCACUCACGCUGCAAGACUGACAGACAGAGGCAAGGGGAGCGAAGUCCACACUCCGACGGAUCAUCGCCACUAAUCCGGUUCGAUGAAGCUUGAAGUCCAGAAGUGGGCUAAACUAUGAGAAGUUCCUCUCCACGCGCGUAAUUACGCACGUCAGUCAUUCUCCUUUAAUGGUCUUCCUGUGAGAAGGGAUGCUGGACCCCGAGGACUGUGGAGUGACAAUGACGUCUAGUCAUAAGAUUUCCUUUUCAAUAAGUGAUAUACUGGAUCCCAACAAGUUCAACAGCAAGAGGGUAAACGAACUUUCCAUCGUCAAGGAGAAGUUUCCUGUGCCAAACCCGGAGGGAACAAGUUUGGAGUCGGACAGCACUGCGGGCGGAGAUUUCAGAGUUGAGCGCACCGAAGCAGGGGAGACAAUAGAUGAACACUCAGCACCCAGGCAUCACGCCGUUACAGACCACCUGCUCUCCCCAUCUGCUGACACAGAGGCUUGUCUCACGGGGGACCAGGACGAUGCAGAAUCAGUCACUCUGCAGGCCCCGUCCCCGCACAAGCGACGGCGCCCGGACCAGGCCUGCGCCAAACCGCGGCGUGCCAGGACAGCGUUCACGUACGAGCAACUGGUGGCUCUGGAAAACAAGUUCCGCGCAACUCGGUACCUGUCUGUGUGCGAGAGACUAAACCUGGCCCUGUCCUUGAGUCUGACCGAAACCCAGGUGAAAAUCUGGUUCCAGAACAGGAGAACCAAGUGGAAAAAACAGAACCCCGGGGUGGACAGCAACUUGCAGCCCGGCUCCAACUCCCUCGUCAACGUCAGUCCAAACCCGGCCACUUGUGGGUCAAGCUCCGCCAGCUUCCAUCACACGUUCCCGAGCUUCAGCUCUGGGAAUGUGAUCUUCCACACGGCCGGUGCUGUUCCACUUUCAUCCACCGGAGGGCUCCUGCAUCCCUUCAUGUCUGGUGGAUUCGUCCAGCCGACUUACUUCAAUCCACAUCUAUGAAAGGAGCCAAGACUGACAUUUUGCAGCUGGUGAUACUUCUGGGCAAUUUUUUUUACAUGGACAGAAUAAUUGUAAUCAGAUUUACUUUCACUGCCCAGAAUCACUGUAACUGUUGCAUCAAUGUCAUACUAUGUUCUACAGAGUGAAUGAUCUGACAAGGUUUGUACAAGGGUUCUUGUUUCAUUGCAAUAUUGUCCAUUAGGUUCAUUGUGAAAGGUUUUCAAACCUUAUUUAAGUAUUCAACUGACCGUCUUUCCAGCUACUGCAACGUCAUAACAAGAGGCAAAAUGGACGAAGUGAUCCGUGACAUGAGCCCAACAAUUAUUUCAGAAUUUACAGUGUUAUCCCUUAUAUUUCCAUCGCCAUCUGCACCAUUAUGCGCUGAUUGUUUGUCAUCGUGUUUGCUGAAAGUCCUGAUCACUCUGUGUAUUUAUCAGCUCAUACUCUGGCAUAUUGCAACCAGGCAAAGCCCAGCUGCAUUUCCAUCUCUCAGUGGUUUACACGGCUCACGUCUGUUACCACUAAUAAGACAAUAUCAGUAAAACUUAAUAAAAAAAUGU